UGUUACACGGUGAAACGUUCGUGUGAUCUAGACUUAAACCGAACGUAUUGGAAAUAGUUUCCUAUCGCAAUGAAGAAUCGCUGAUUUCGAUCAGGACCUUAAGAAAAUCGAUGGAAGUGCCAUCUAAUGUGACAAUGAGCGAACCAUUCUUAACAUCUAGCGCGUAUUAAUGCUUACGAGUGUCACCAUUGAAUUUUAAUACGUGUCUACUGGUGUCUGUCCGUCCGGUGUUUCUGCUACGUUGAUCACGUUUCGUGAAUCUAUGGAGUGUUUGUAUUGUCGGAUAUCAUUAAAUUUCUGUCUGUAGUAGCAUAAGGCGCCUAGUGCGCCUUCCCGUCACGAUGAACAUGUGUCGGGUACGAUGGUUAUUCCACUUUGUGGCGCUUAGCCUACUCCCCUUUGCCCAUUCUGACGAGCAUACUCACAUCUACGAAGAUAACGACGAGGUUGUACUAUGGAUGAGUACGGUAGGACCAUAUCAUAAUCGUCAAGAAACUUAUUCGUACUAUUCGUUACCUUUUUGUAUGGGCACCAAAAAUGUCAUCAAUCAUUAUCACGAAACCUUUUCCGAAGCAUUACAAGGCAUCGAACUUAAAUUCAGCGGCUUGGAAAUUGAAUUUAAGGCCGAUGUUGCAAAAAUGGAAUAUUGUCAAAUAAGAUUAUCCGAGGAGAGUGAAAAAGCUUUUAUAUAUGCAGUGAAGAAUCAGUAUUGGUAUAAGAUGUAUAUGGAUGAUCUACCAAUUUGGGGAGUUGUGGGAGAGCCAGAAGAAAAUAACGGGGUUGUAUCUUACCACAUUUGGACGCAUAAAAAAUUCGAUAUAGGAUACAAUGGAAAGCAAAUAGUCGAUGUAAAUUUAACCAGUGAAAAUAAAGUAAAAUUGGUGCCAGGUGCAGCUAUUUCUUUUAGUUAUGAAAUUAAUUGGAAAAAGAGUAAUGUUAAGUUCGAAGACAGAUUUGAUAAAUAUUUGGAUCCUAACUUUUUCCAACACAGAAUUCACUGGUUCAGCAUCUUCAAUAGUUUCAUGAUGGUGAUGUUCCUAGUUGGACUCGUUUCGAUGAUUUUAAUGCGUACCUUAAGAAAAGACUAUGCUAGGUACAGUAGAGACGAAGAAAUGGAUGAUAUGGAACGAGAUUUAGGCGAUGAAUAUGGCUGGAAACAAGUUCAUGGGGAUGUAUUUAGACCAGCUAGCCAUGCGAUGCUUUUUUCAGCUCUUAUAGGUGCAGGCUAUCAGGUGACAGUUGUUGUACUUAGCGUUAUUAUUUUUGCUAUCCUCGGAGAGUUAUAUACGGAAAGAGGAUCAAUGCUAUCUACAGCAAUUUUUGUGUACGCUGCUACAUCACCCAUAAACGGUUAUGCUGGAGGAGGUUUGUAUGCUCGCAUGGGAGGACGUAUUUGGAUUAAACAGAUGAUACUCAGUGCCUUUAUGUUACCUCUCAUCGUCUGUGGCACUGCAUUCUUUAUUAACUUUAUCGCGAUGUAUUAUCAUGCUAGCCGCGCUAUACCUUUCGGCUCUAUGGUGGCAGUUACAUGUAUUUGUAUAUUUGUUAUAUUACCAUUAACAUUAGUCGGAACCAUUUUGGGUCGCAAUUUAGCUGGAACACCGGACGCGCCAUGUAGAGUUAAUGCAGUACCUCGACCUAUUCCUGAAAAAAAAUGGUUUAUGGAACCACUGAUCAUCAUAAUGCUUGGUGGUAUCUUGCCUUUUGGUUCAAUAUUCAUUGAAAUGUACUUCAUUUUUACCUCAUUUUGGGCAUAUAAAAUCUAUUACGUUUACGGUUUUAUGUUAUUAGUAUUCGUUAUUUUAAUGAUAGUAACCGUUUGUGUUACUAUCGUAUGUACAUACUUUUUGCUAAAUGCUGAAGAUUAUCGAUGGCAGUGGACAAGUUUUUUAGCGGCAGCCUCAACUGCUGAAUAUGUCUACGUGUAUUCCUUUUAUUAUUUCUUUUUCAAAACUAAAAUGUAUGGUCUCUUCCAAACAGCAUUUUACUUCGGUUAUAUGGCAUUAUUUAGCCUUGCCUUAGGUAUAAUGUGUGGAACAGUCGGUUACGUCGGCACUAAUGCAUUUGUACGAAAGAUCUAUUCCACGGUCAAAAUAGACUAAAGCAUAACUCUAGUGUAAUGUCUACGCUGUGGAUUUAAAAAAAUUUGAAGCGUACCGGGUACUGCUACUCCUUCAGAAGUAGGACUCUUCUUCUUCCGGUAGUUUUAAUUAUCUACAUCGAUCAUGGCCCGCGAAUCACCCCCCAUAAAAGAAAACCUUUAAAUCGACAUCAACCAAUAUCAUUAGAAUGAAUAUUUUAAAGAAUAUUUCAAAUAUUUCGUCAUUGAGCAUCGAUGUAAACGUAUCGUAACGACAUUUUCAAUUUAAGCAGACAAUUUAUUUCUUCGAAGUUGAGUCCUAUAACAGAUAGUGCGCGUCUCUGAAACGAAUUGUUUGCCAAUUCAAACAGUCGCGUAUAUUAUUCGUCUCACGAGUCACAGUUCCAUAUUAUGUAAAAUGCAGGUUUCAAUGAUUAUGCAACUCUAGGAUCACUAUUUUACUUACAACUAACUAUAAAUAUUGCUCAAUUUUGCUGGACACUGCUGGAAAAAUCGCAAACUUUUUUUCAGCACGUGAAUUCGUGCAUAGAAAAAUACAACAGAAUUCUGAGUUUAGAGACAUUAUGAAAGUUUCGGUGUGCUAACCGCUUGAUACGUUUCUCAUGCCACAAAUAUUAACAAUUUCGUUGGAAUUAUUCAAAACAUGAAGGUUAAACUUACGUAUUGUAACAAAAAGUAAGAGAAAAAAAUUAAAAAUAAAUUCAAUUUGUACAUGAAUUGUAUAUUAUAAUUUCGAAAAAAAAGAAAAAGAAAAUAUGUAUUCAAAGUGUGAGUACUUUAAUGCUAGUAGAACAGUGCCUCGGUUGUGUGACUCUAGACUGGAAUUUUUGAUAGUAUAAAGAACGACGCUCGAUUUCGACGAUUAAUAAUAACAUGAAUUUUUAGAUAAGCUAGAUGUUAGAUCGAAGUAAGAACGUGAAUAUAAGAAAUUUUUUUACCAUUGGCUUUCGUACUAUACGCCACAAACAUUUCGUUCAGGUGGAUUUCCUUCGUUACGAACUUGUGAGUGCAUUGGUAAAAUGUAAAAAUAUCGUGAGCCUAUAUCCAGGAAAAAAAAAAAUGAUUCUUUUGAUAGUGAUCCUCUUUGUGCGGAUAAAUGUCUUAAGUUCACAUUAAUCGACACAGAAGCAUCAAUAUUUGAACGAAGGGGAUUGAAAUUUGAGGAUCACAGUGAACAUCAGUGAGGAUAUUCAAAUGAAUAUACAGUUUGUUGUUAGUCAUAGCAAUUCUAAGAAAUAUAAAAUUUCUACGUACAACAAGUUUACUGUCUUUUAUUAGUUCAUUGAUCCUGACAUUAUAAAAUUUUAUUCAAUUAUUUCGCACACAUACUUUGGACAAUUUUUACGAUUAAAACGUUACUGUAUGAUAAUGGAAAAAUCUGAAAUUCGUAUAUUAUUCCUAAGUGAGUGAAAAAUUCCAUACUAUGAGGUGUUUAUUAUACAAUUGUAAACACUUAAUCAAAGCAUAUAAAAUUUCAUAUACUAAUGCACUCAAUUCUUCUAUUGUUUUGAUGUAUAGAAUUUUAUAUUAUCUUACAACAAAAUCAGUAUUUAUCUAUUUAAUAAUGUAAGUUUCUUUUCUAGUAAUUCUAAAUGUAAUCGUUAAAAUUAAUUGCUGUAUACUUCUGCUACGACUGCCGUUCCGCGUUUUAACAUUACACUUCGUUUUUAGAUACAUUACGAUCAUUUUGGGAUUCAGCGGGCCUCGUCGCUAUUUCUACCCUGUAUAUCGAUUAUAAUCAUUACUUUUUCUUUUAAAAGAUAUCGUAAUCGAAACGACGGACUGUAAAUAAAACACUCGUGCACAGAAAUUUCAAAUUCAAAGUUACAAUUUUCAUUCUACAAUG